AUCUUGCAAACAAACUUUAGCUUUUAGUUGUAAUUCUUUAUUGUUGUGCAGUUUGACAUGGAAAGUUGUACACAAGAUGUGUAAAACUGUGGUGUGUACUUUGUGGUUCUGGUCAGAAGAUACAUCCAUAUGUGAUACCUACCCCUGAAGAGACAAUUUUUCGAAAGGAGUAAAAAUCAGAUUACUGUAAAAGAAUUUUCAGAAAAGUUGUCUAUGGUACAAACAAAAAGCCCUUGUAAAGUGUACAUUUUGCUAUGACAGCCAAAUUUCUUAAAGUUAAAUCUGCACUGGUUUUAUCUUUUAGAGUUUAAAUUGUUUUUGGAAAACCAUAAAGAGUAUUGGGCUCUAAAGCAAAGAGAAGCAGAUGAAAGGUACAUGGAGUUAGCACAAGGCCAGGUGCCAGUUAAUGAGCCAAAGCAGAAAAAGAGGAAGAAAUCGAAGAAAGAAAUGCUACCAGAACACACCAGGGAUGAUACUUUUUCAACAUAUGCAGCUGAGCUUCAAAUUCAGUUUUUUGUGAAGGUCUGUUGUGAUUGGAGAGACAUUGCCCUUACCAUACGUGAUAAAGUAUUUAAUCAGCAUGAGGAACAGUUGAUAGACAUCCAUGAUGUCAAGUGCAAAGAGUGGGGAUUUCUGUUAAAGAAAUUAUUUGGCCAUCACCUUGGCACAGGGGACUACGGACAUCUUGUCGUGGACCACAGUGCAAUGCUGUUGCGACAUUUUCGUUCCCUAUAUAAAUAUUCUGGCCAAGGAUUUGAGUCUUCACACAAGCUACACAGGCAGUUGUAUUCCAGGGCCACAAAUCAUGAUUGUUCAGGACAAGGCCAAUCUUGUAAGUAUGCAUAAAUUUUAAACAUAUAGAAAUAACAAAAAAUGAAAGUUAGUUAUUGAAACCAUGGAAAAUUGCUUUAUAGCUAUGGUUUACAGCUACAUGAAAAACUUAUUGAAAAGUCUUUUUUUGCAACUAACCUUACCCUUGUAGAAACGAGUGAUUCAUGUUUGACAUUAUGGUGUCGUAGAAUGCCUGGACAGCCAACUAAACACCUAUUUGCAAUCAGUAAAUUCCAUUGUUGAAAAAUAACACUUAUACACAAAUUUUAAUGUUGAUGGAAACUGCUUUAUCUCCAGCUUUUGUAAAUUAGACAUGACGUUCUGCCUUUUGAAAUGGUCACAUAGGGGCAGACUUUUAAUUUGAAUAUUUGUGUUCU